AUGCAGAUUUACAAAGUGGCUGCAGCUAAACAAACCCAAAAGCAGCUCCAGCUCAAAACCCUCACAUUCCAGCACCCUGUUGACCAAUUGACGAGGUCCGAGCUGAGGAUUCGUGCUUGUUACCACAAGUACUUGGAGGUUAGUAGUGAGACUUUGGGGUGGAUGAUGGCCAUUGAUGCUUCGUUUUUCCUCGAAAUCCUCCAAGUCUAUGAGGUCCAAGAAGGCCCAAGAGUUUCUUCAAGGAUGGCGCAUUUGGUUGACCAUGCAGGAAGGAAGUCAGCGCAUCAUGCAAUCCUUAGGGACUUGGUGAUGCUUGAGAACCAAAUCCCACGAUUUGUUUUGAAAAAAGUGUUGAAGUUUAAGCUCCCAGCGUUGGAAUGUGCCAAAGAUAAGCUUCUUUCCAUGUUUAUGGGAUUGUGCAAAGAGCUCUCCCCAUUCAAGAUGAAUGACGAAGACAUGCCAAAUAUGGGAGUGAAUAUCCAAUUCUCGAGUUGUUUUCACUUGCUGGACUUCUUGUACCGCUUGAUCACCCCCAAGUUAGUAGCCGAGCCAUCGGAAAUCACAAAAGCCGUGGGAUAUGAGGCCGCACAACAACAGAAGGGAAAAUCAUCAGUUAAUUCGAAUUUUGUCAAACAAUUUCUGAAGCAGAUAGAGGAGAUCACCAUCCCAUCAGUCUCCGAUCUCUCAAAAUCUGGUGUCAAGUUCUUGGCCGGCGGAAUUAGAAUUUCAGACAUCUCUUUCAAUGCUGAAACUAGCUCAUUUACCCUCCCGAUUACUAGCUUAGAUGGGAACACAGGGGUGAUCCUGAGAAACUUGGUGGCCUAUGAAGCAUCAAGUGUAUCGGGGCCAUUGGUUUUCACUCGCUACACCGAGUUGAUGAACGGGAUCAUAGACACCGAGGAGGAUGUCAAGUUGCUUAGAGAGAAGCGUAUCAUUGUGAACCAUUUGAAGAGUGAUGAAGAAGUGGCAAAUCUGUCCAAUGGCAUGAGCAAGUCCAUUAGAUUGACCAAAGUGCCCUCCUUGGAUAAGGGAAUCAAGCCCCGUACAUUUGAAGAGCUGGCUACGCGAGCACACGACAUGGAGUUGAGUAUAGCUAGCCACAAAGGGAAGAAAGAGUCAAUUGUUGACCAAAGGAAAGACAAGGUCUUCGGAAGCAAGAUUGACAAGGGCCCGAAGAUAUCUUCAGAAGAAUCAAUGGCCGUCAACAUUGCCCCAGUCACCUCAGGUGGUGAUUCUUGGGGGCUUUUGAAGCCCAUAGGACAUAGAAGCAUUCUCCCAAGGUGGCUUGCAACGAUUCAACCUGUGGAGCUCGAAUUUGGAAGAUUUGGAAUCUAG